AGAGGAGGAGGAGUGGGGGGGGGGCAAAGGAAAGGAAGGAAGGAAAGCGGCCGCCCGGCGCGCAGCCACCGGUACCCGCAGCCACCGGUACCCGCGCAGCUUCUCCGCCGCGGGGUGCGGACGCUGCCCGGUUCCGUCCAGCACCGCUAACCGGAGUCCCGGCCCCGCCGCCGCCUCCCGGUCUCGUUCCUUUCCCCUCCCGGUCCCGGAGCAGGGGGAAAACCUGGUCAAUUUCUGCCGGGAAUUUGGUCCGUCUCCUUCAGGAUCUGGUCAAUUUCUCCCGGGAUCUGGUCAAUUUCUCCCGGGACCGCGUCAGUUUCAUCCUUCCCGGGAGCCGCCGGGCAGCAGCAGCCGCCGCCGCGCCCAGGUCCUGCUGAUGAAGAGGAGGUGAGGUCUGAGCUGUAGCUCACACGGGUGCCGUUCCCUGCGGGACGCUCAUCUUCUCCCCUCGCCCCAUCCCGCCCCCCGGGGCCACGUGGAGCCAUCCCGAUGCCGAAGAACAGCAAGGUGACGCAGCGGGAGCACAGCAGCGAGCAUGUCACCGAGUCGGUGGCCGACCUGCUGGCUCAUGAAGAGCCCGUGGACUACAAACGCAGCGUCCUCAACGUGACGGGGGAGACCUGGGACAAGCAGAAGGAUGGAGAUGAGGAGCUGGAUGCGGAGAACCGGCCGGCGUGGAACAGCAAGCUGCAGUACAUCCUGGCGCAGAUCGGCUACUCCGUGGGGCUGGGCAAUGUCUGGCGCUUCCCCUACCUCUGCCAGAAAAAUGGAGGAGGUGCCUACCUGGUCCCGUACCUGGUCCUGCUCAUCAUCAUCGGGCUCCCCCUCUUCUUCCUGGAGCUGGCGGUGGGGCAGCGGAUCCGCCGGGGCAGCAUCGGCGUCUGGAAUUACAUCUGUCCUCGCCUGGGGGGCAUCGGCUAUGCCAGCUGCCUCGUCUGUUUUUUUGUCGGUCUCUAUUACAACGUCAUCAUUGGCUGGAGCAUCUUUUACUUCUUUAAGUCGUUCCAGUACCCUCUUCCCUGGAGCGAGUGCCCCAUCGUGAAAAAUGGCUCCGUGGCCGUUGUGGAGACCGAAUGCGAAAGGAGCUCGCCCACCACCUACUUCUGGUACCGGGAGACCCUAGACAUCUCCAACUCCAUCUCAGAGAGUGGGGGGCUCAACUGGAAGAUGACCCUGUGUCUGCUGGUGGCCUGGAGCCUUGUUGGCUUGGCCAUGAUCAAAGGCAUCCAGUCCUCGGGGAAGGUGAUGUACUUCAGCUCGCUCUUCCCCUACGUGGUGCUGGUUUGCUUCUUGGUGCGGGGACUUCUGCUGCGUGGGGCAGUAGAUGGGAUCAUGCACAUGUUCACACCCAAGCUGGACAAGAUGCUGGACCCCCAGGUGUGGCGGGAGGCAGCUACGCAGGUUUUCUUUGCCUUGGGCCUGGGCUUCGGGGGGGUCAUCGCCUUCUCCAGCUACAACAAGCAGGACAACAACUGCCACUUUGACGCCACGCUCGUCUCCUUCAUCAACUUCUUCACAUCCGUCCUGGCCACGCUGGUUGUAUUUGCUGUGCUGGGCUUCAAGGCCAACAUCAUGAAUGAGAAAUGUGUGGUGGAGAAUGCUGAGAAGAUCUUGGGCUACCUGAACACCAACGUGCUGAGCCAUGACCUCAUCCCACCCCAUGUGAACUUCUCCCACCUCACUGCCAAGGACUACAAUGAGAUGUACAGGGUGAUCAUGACGGUGAAAGAGGGGCACUUCAAAGAACUGGGCUUGGAUGCCUGCCUGUUGGAGGAUGAACUCGACAAGUCGGUGCAAGGAACUGGCCUGGCCUUCAUUGCCUUCACAGAAGCCAUGACCCACUUCCCAGCCUCACCAUUUUGGUCUGUCAUGUUCUUCCUGAUGCUGAUAAACCUGGGGUUAGGGAGCAUGAUCGGGACCAUGUCAGGGAUCACUACGCCCAUCAUCGACACCUUCAAGGUGCGGAAGGAAGUGUUCACAGUUGGUUCCUGCAUCUUCGCCUUCGUGGUGGGACUGAUCUUUGUGCAGCGCUCUGGGAAUUACUUUGUCACCAUGUUUGACGAUUAUUCAGCCACGCUGCCACUCACGGUUGUGGUCAUCCUGGAGAACAUCGCUGUGGCCUGGAUUUAUGGCACCAAGAAGUUCAUGCAGGAGCUGACAGAAAUGCUGGGUUUCCGGCCCUAUCAGUUCUACUACUACACCUGGAAGUACGUGUCUCCCAUCUGCAUGGCCGUGCUCAUGACCGCCAGCAUCAUCCAGCUGGGAGUCAGCCCCCCAGGGUACAGUGCAUGGAUCAGAGAGGAGGCUGCAGAAAAGUUCCUUUUCUACCCAACCUGGGCCAUGGCUAUCCUCAUCUCUCUGAUCAUCCUGGCAUCCCUCCCUCUGCCUCUGGUCUUCAUCCUCCGGCAGUUCCAUCUCGUGUCGGAUGGCUCCAAUGCCCUCUCUGUCACCUAUAAGAAGGGCCGGAUGAUGAAGGACAUCUCCAAUUUGGAAGACAACGAUGAGACCCGCUUCAUCCUGAGCAAAGUACCCAGCGAGACCCCGUCCCCCAUGCCCACGCACCGUUCCUACCUGGGUCCCGGGAGCAACUCCCCCAUGGAAAUGAGCAGUGCCCCCAACGGACGAUAUGGGAGUGGGUACCUACUGGCCAGCACCCCUGAAUCCGAACUGUGAUGGUUGCCUGCCGACCACCCCCACCAGGAGAGGAGGUCACUGGGGAGUGGAUCCUGGCUGUCCAGGCAACAGGAAAAUUAAUUAAUAAGGAAGAUGAAGAAGAAACCCCUCUUAAAAUCGUAACCAAAAGCAGCCAUUUCUAAGAUGACAUCGGGAAGAAGGGAUUGCGGGAGGGGCAGGACUCCUCUGACAACCCUCGGCUGAAAGGCAGGAUCCCCCGGGGUUGCCUUUGGGGAAGAGAGGAGGAACAAGAGACGCUGCAAUACCUUUCCGAGAGUUGUUCUCGCACAGCUCAAAUCUGAAGCAAAGAAUCUCUCUUUUCUAAGCAGCUGAUGGUUGGAAAAAGGACCUGGUAUCAGGUGGAAAGCCAACCACGCUUCCGCCUGUAACCCAGUGCUCUUCCCUCCCAGUCUGUUGUCCUUUAGCCGGGAGGAGUCAUGGCCUUAUUCCAAUGAGCACAAUUAACCAUUGAUGUUCCUAGCACAAAAAGGUGCUGCUGUUGUCACCAUCGUCGUCGUUGUUGUAUCUCCUGUAGGUUUUUAUAGCUGUGGACACACCCAAAUAACCCCCAAAUUUUGACCAGGGUUGGCAGGGAGCAGUGCGGGGCUGGCUGAGACAUUGCAACGCGUGAGACAGUGGAUGGUGGAUCCUUGGUAUCUGUUUUGUUACCACUAGCACAGGGACAACGUCUGUGGGUUGUUCUGAGACACGGAGAUGUCACGCCCAUGGGAUGAAGUGGUCGACAUGCUCCGUGGUUAGGCAGUUAUGCUGAGUGGCAGAAGGACCUCUGAAGUGAGGGUGAUUUGGAUGUGUGAGCGUGUGUGGGGUCUGGAUAGGGUUACUGUGAUGGGGGUCAGGAGUGCUUUCCUGGAAUUACUCCUGACAUGUGGGAUGCUCUGCUGAACCAAAAUCCCUGGCAUGGUAAUCGUCUCCUCUUGCUGCUCUCUUUAGAUGUCCCAGAGGGACAAGCAGAGAAGCUGUGGGGCAUCCAGUCCUACCGCAGUCCUGGUUUAGCUCUCAGGAAACCACCCCCUGACUUACCUCCCUUGCACCCACCAGCUGAGGUGAGCUGGACAGUGAUUAUCUCUGGACACGCGUCCUCAUUUCUCAUAGCUUUGAGCCAGGGGGUCUGCUUUGCCUCCCGUUGCAGCUCCACAGGGGCUCAGCAGCCUUCGGAUGGGGGCAACCAGCUUUUGGGGACAGCAGGCGUCUGCUGAGCAGCAGUCACUGGGAGUCAGUACCUGGUUCCAGUGUCCCCGCUAGCCCUUGAUCCAGGCUGGUGAGCCAUUGGUAGAGCCCCGGGGCCUCUCUCGUGCCCAUCCAUGUUAUCUGGGGACCAGACUGAUGCGACCUUAUGUUGUUUCUCUUCAGGCUGUCAGUAAAGGUUGGGAUCUCCCAGCUCCGAGUCUCUCCUGCUGGGACUGAGGGUUGUUUCCUUGAAUCCUACAUGUAGCCAAGCAUUUCUGUCAAGGGUACCAGUAUUAUGUGGCAUCUUCCUCCUUUCCCCAUGGGGACAGGGGAGCAGCAGCCUACUUGCACCCUCUCUCCCUCUCAGCACAUUGCUAUGGCCUCCAAAAGCUGAGGGAGCUCCUCAUCCUUGGUUCUGCUGGGCUUAGAUCAUGCAUGAUGGUAUUUCAAGCCAGUCUGAAGGCCAAGUUUGUGGAUGCUUGCCCACGAGCUCUUCUCUCCUCCGCUCUCCUGUCAAUGAGUUUUCUUUCACCUGGAUUCUUUUGGCUGGGAGGCGAAGGCAGAAAGUACCUGGUCCAUUCGCCACAUCCUUGACUUCUCUUGGCAUCUCUGGGGCCAGGAGGUCUCCCACGAUGACAUUUCUCUUGUGGGUAGCGAUCCUUUAUUUACAGUCCUUCUCCAUGGGCUUGGCUGGUGACCUGGACGCUCUUCCUGGACAAUUAGCUCAGGCCUUUCACUAACCAUUUUUCCAGGGGGAAAACGGAGGCAUGGACUGAACCAAAGCAACUCAGUGUUUGAUAGCUCUGAGAAGCACCAGCCCCAUGUGGUCAGGAUCAGCCAUGCUCUUGUCUCUCCUCCGGCAAUCCCCCCUUCACCAUCACCUCCGCUGUCUUUCUCCUUCCCCUGCCUGUGCAGAGCCACAUAGAAAUAGCCCCAUGGCAUCGUCUCUGAAUGGGAGAAGCACAAACCCCAUGGCAUUGCCCCAUCAUUAGGCAAGAUGUUCCCUCCCACCUCUUAUUUCUCCCUCUGUCCCCAGUUUCCUCCACCCAACCAGCAAAACAGAGGAUGAGCCAAAUCGUUGCCCAACAUCACCUUCCCGAUGCCCCUGAGUCCGGGGGCCGGAUUCCCACCAUAGCUCCCAUGGAGUUAACGGAGCAGGACACCUCCCAUAGCCAAAGUGCUUAGUCCCAUCCGCUCCCGUGGCAUGAUGCUCCUUGAACCCUGGGGGGAAGGGUCCGGCCCUCCAUCUCUCCCAUCACCAUUCCCAAACCAGCCAGGGAGGCAUUCGCUUUCCUCCCCUCUUGCAGCAUCAAUAAGAGGCAAAGUCAAUAAGAAGGUAACAAAAAAGCUAUAUUAUAUAUAUAUAAAAUAUAUACAGAGAGAGGAGAUGGAAUAAUAACCUAGAGAUUCUCUAUUUCUAUUGUAUAUUUAUUCUGUAAAUGUCACUGUAAAUGCUGUUAAAUGACAAAACGUAUUCCAAAGUGGCCCGUGACCUAUUUUCAUUCCCAGUGCUGUACAGAUCAAUUCUCACUGUAUAUUGGGACAUAUUUUUACCUUUUUAUUUCUCGUGUGCGGUGGGUGGCCAUCCCCCUGUCUCCCCCCAGCCCCAGGGGGUCCAGCUGUCCUGGGGAUCCAGCAAAGAGGAGGAGGAGGAGGGAUGACACCUUUAUUUUUAUCUGUGGAAAUACUGUAUUUCUUUGUGGCAUUUGCUUGGUGUUAGACACAGGGUGUUGGGGCGGGGGGCGUGUGUUAAAUUUUAAGUGAUCCGUGUUGUCGCCGUGUGAGCGUGCGUGUGUUCGUCCGUAGAUGCCGUGCGUGGGGGUGUGCGCGUGUAUGUGUGCGCGGAUGUGUUUUGUUUAGGAUUCACUUCUCGCUGUACUCGGUCACUUUUGGAGCCUGCGUUGGGGGUUUCUCCCGCUUGCCGGGGCAGGCUCUCCCUCCACACACCUUCUUGGGGUCCCGGGCUGCAGAUCAGGCCAACCCCCACUGGCUUUUAGCCCUAGAAAUCACUUUUUUUCCCUCUUUUUCUCCACAGAGGCACAGGGAAUAGCUGCUAGUUGUGAGCACAGGCACUUUUCAGUUUUCCUCCAGGCGGUGGGAGGAGGAGGGGGGAACUGCUGCCAAUAUUCCUGUCCCCCCACAUCAGCUCCCCACUCGGUUCCCAGCCUGGAUCCUGAUGCUUGGAGCAGGAUGGUGUCCCUGGCUGGGGGACAAGGAGGUGCUGAGUAGAUCAGGAGGGGCCAAAACCCUGUCCCCUCUCUGGGGACAGAGCUGGGGAGGGCUUAAAUGGGUCUGGUGAGGGGAUGGCUGGUGCUGAGGGCAGAAAGGAGCUUUGCAGGAGGGUGCCCGCCCUGUGACGGCGGUGCUGCAGGUCCAAGGGUGCAUGUGGUUCCCGUAGGGCUGGAGCUGGGACGCUCCGUCCCUGGGCAUCGGGUUGUGCGGCCAGUGCUGCGGGUGAGGGCUGGAUCUGCCCUUGACCCUGGUGCAAAGCAGAGGGGAUGGCUGGAGCCGGCUGUACGCUGCUGAUUUGCACCAUCCCUGGGUGUCCCUUGGCUCCGUCCCCUCAAUCCCUCCCAAAGAGCCCCUGCGUCACCUCCUGGCCCCUACCCAGACCCCAGCAGGUCACGUUAAACCCCAGCACCUCCCUGGAGCAACUCCCACUGCCUUCCUCCUGUCCCCCAUCCUUCCCUGAGCCUGGGUCUCACUGGCAGGAGUGGGGAACAGAGCUGGGUGGCCUUGGUGGCUGGGACACACACACACACACGGCACAGCCCGGGCAGAGCCAUGGCAGCACGCAGGAUGCGGCUGCUUCCCCUGCGGGCAGGCACAACGCUGCCGAAACCCUCCUGUACAGGUAAAAGCACAGAUCUCGUAGUAACUCGUCCCAUGUAUCCUCGUAGCCGGUGUAUUUACCACUCGUGCCGUGCCGGCCGGACUCCUCGGCAGUCGAGAGAAAUCCUGUAACAGCUGUAAUGGAGUCCGAUUAAAAGUCUCUUCUUACCAAA